UUCCCUGACGUCACAGUCUUUGCUGGGAAGUAUAGGCUGUGCUGUCACGCCAGUGUCAGUCUGAUGAAGAUUGGCACUCAGAUGAGAAGAGCACCAACGUGCACGUUGUUGUGGGCCACAUCAACUAUUAAAAUAGCUGCCGCGUGUGCCCGUUAAAUUGAAGAAGCCUCUGGAAAAAAGAAGUAAUGUAAGAAGGAAAGGCAAUAUAUUAAGCAGUAAAGUGAUAUCUGGUGACCAAGGAAAGGGUCUGAAGAGUAGCGUUCACUUUCCCUUCUUGAAAAGAACCCUAGCAUAUCAUAGAAAGGUACAUUGGAUUUUUACAGUCAGAAACCCAGCUUAAUAUAUCGGUUUAACGUUCAGAGCAAAUACUGUCAAGAAAUCUGUUGCUUUUAGCACAAUUGCACGGGCUCUAGAUGUGAAUCAAUCCCAUGAUGCAACAUGUGUCCCCUGCACCAGCUCUGACAAUGAUGGCCACCCAGAGUGUGCCCCCACCCCCUUACCAAGAAAGUCAGCAGAUGACAGCAACAGCACAACAGACUGCCAAGCCCCAACCAGUGCACCUCCCAGCAGCCUCUGCAGCAGCAAACCCAGUCCCUGGUGUACCAAUUGACCCUCAGGCACAGCUAGAAGCUGACAAGCGGGCUGUCUACAGACAUCCGCUUUUCCCACUCCUGACGCUACUGUUUGAGAAGUGCGAACAGGCCACCCAGGGUUCUGAGUGUAUAACAUCUGCCAGUUUUGAUGUAGAUAUUGAGAACUUUGUUCACCAGCAAGAACAGGAACACAAACCAUUUUUCAGUGAGGACCCUGAACUCGACAACCUAAUGGUAAAGGCUAUCCAGGUUCUACGUAUCCACCUUUUAGAGCUGGAGAAGGUCAACGAGUUGUGUAAGGACUUUUGCAACCGAUAUAUCACAUGCCUAAAAACCAAAAUGCACAGUGAUAAUUUGCUCAGGAAUGAUUUAGGUGGACCGUAUUCCCCAAACCAGCCCUCCAACAGCCUACAUGCACAGGACAUUUUACAGAACUCUCCAAACUCUAUGACUGGUCUAUCCAAUAACCCACAGGGGAUUGUUGUCCCUGCCUCAGCACUGCAGCAAGGAAAUAUCUCUAUGACAACAGUCAACUCCUCUCAAGUUGUAUCAGGUGGGGCUCUUUAUCAGCCAGUUGCCAUGGUAACUUCUCAGGGUCAGGUAGUAACCCAAGCUAUCCCACAGGGAGCCAUACAGAUCCAGAAUGCACAGGUUAACCUGGAACUGACCUCCCUGCUUGACAGUGAAGAUAAAAAGUCUAAGAACAAGCGUGGAGUCCUGCCAAAGCAUGCCACCAACAUUAUGCGCUCUUGGCUUUUCCAGCAUCUGAUGCACCCUUACCCGACAGAGGAUGAGAAGCGGCAAAUAGCAGCACAGACAAACCUUACACUAUUGCAAGUCAACAACUGGUUCAUCAAUGCAAGACGGCGCAUUCUCCAACCAAUGUUAGAUGCCAGCAAUCCUGACCCUGCACCAAAAGCAAAGAAGAUUAAGUCCCAGCAUCGGCCAACUCAAAGAUUCUGGCCCAACUCCAUCGCAGCAGGCGUUCUGCAACAGCAUGGGGGGUUACCUGGCACUAAUCCUGAUGGUUCUGUCAAUAUGGAAAACCUGCAGUCGCUUUCCUCUGACUCCCUCACAAUGCAGCAGGCCAUGAUGGCAGCUCAUGAUGACUCAUUGGAUGGUACAGAGGAGGAAGAGGAUGAAGAAGAAGAAAUGGAGGAGGAUGAACUAGAGGAUGACAGUGAGGAACUUCAGACAACAAAUGUUAGUGACCUUGGUUUGGAUCACAGUGACUCCCUGGAGUAACAUUUUGAUCAGACGGAGACAACAAGGGGGAUUAGAGGCACAUUUUGAUUGGUCUGGUGCAUACAUAGUCUUGGAAUAUCAUUAAACAGCCCCUUCCUCUCAAAUCAAUCAUGGGACAGACUCUCCAUUUAUCUAUUGCUGAAACCUAACAGCCUGCGCCUCUUUUAAGGUGAAAGAAUAACACAUCUGUCAGCACACAAGGUGGAAUAGAACCAGCCAAAGUAGGACAAAAGUCUAUCCACUGUAAGAAAAACUGAUGAACACCUUUCUUUUCCCUAACCCAGAGGAUUUGAAAGCUGGAACUCCCUUGUAAAAUGCGAUCCUUGUAGACCAUUCUGGAAACAGAAAAAAAAAAUGCAAAUAUCCAUUACUUUCAUAGUUGCCUGCUUGUAUCAUUGUUUCAUGGCAGGGACUUUUACUAUAUUAUGGACAAAGCAAUUGUGCAGUCUUUUUAUUUAAACAAAGGACACAUGUUUACACAGCCACAUAUUGUGGUUACUUUGUUUCGUUUGUCUUUUAAAGAACUUAACGUGUUUUUAGGCAAAGCUUUUUUCCGUAUUAUUACUGAAAGCUAUUUGAAUGUUAAAGUUUAUAUACUGUAUGUGUGCGUGUAUGUGUAUAUAUAUAUUUAUACACACACACAUACAUACGUGCACAGUGUAUAAAACACAGAUGGAGAAUAGUGUAUGGAUAUUCGGAUAUUGGUAAAACACUACACUCCAUCUCUAUAUACUGGACAUGGAAUACACACAGAUUACUUUCAGGAGGCUGGUACUAAAACCGUUGCUCAUUUUCAGAACUGAUUUUGUGUGUAUAAUGACAAAACUGCAUCCCUCAACUUUUCAAAUGAUGUUAAUAUCAGACUCAUCUAUUUUGGCAAGUAAACGGUUUUAUGAAAUUUCCAUAUAAACAGAGUAUGAAAAUGAAGAAAGUACUCAAAUGUGUGCAUGUGUUAUCAAGCAAAUAUCUUUGUUCUGGCUCCUAAUUAUUCUGCAUUAACAGUGCAAAUACUUUUAGCUUCUCUAUAUCUUUGAUAAGUUGUGGUUAUACAUUUUAAUGUUUUGGGGUUAAGUGGGGUUGUUUGUCUAUGCAAUGUUUACUGGUCUUUAACUGACCCCAGAGUCAAAAUGCACACAUCAAACUCCCUCUUAAAGGAGAGCUAACCCCCUCCCAAUAAUAAAAGCCCCAUCCACUACCCUAGAUAGCACCCCCUCCCCCUGCUUCCUACCCUCAUUUCUUAUUGGGGUUUAGUUCUACUUUAAACAUGAAACCACUUAAGGCACAAACAUAAGCGGUGAUGGUGCUGGACACCAAACUUAAAAAGGCACAGCAUUAAAUUGGGUCUAGAAUACCUAUAGAAAAAAAUGCCCAGUCUUGCUGCCCGUCAUGAAGUUUAUGUAGUGGGGAGAAUAUAUUGGUUAUCCCAACUGGCUUCCACUUGUUUUGUGUAACAGAAUCCUGUUUCUGUGACUUUUCUGUAAUAGGGAUAUACAUUCUGUGAAUGACACUGAAUGUGUGUCUCAACUUUGUUACAGGGUUCUUACUGAGAAAUUGAAUGGAAUAAAACCCCAGUGGUUCGAUUCUA